AUGAGGCUGCGGCCAACGGUAGGCACUGCGGAGGAUGGCUUGAUGAGAGCGAUUCCCCAUCAGUCUGGUGGGCAAAUGGGGGUCGUCACACUGGCCACUUACAAUGUCUUGUCUCUGAGUGGCACAGCCUUUGCAGACAACCGUCAAGAGGGGCUAGCAUUUGCACCGGCCAGACCCACGAUACUUUCGGCAGCCCUCCAUGCAUGCGGCGUCAAUGUCGCAGGAAUACAAGAGGCCCGCACUGAGGCAGGUACUCUUAACACAGAUGGCUUCGCACGCUUUUGCUCGGGGGCUGACAAAGGUAAGUUUGGUGUCGAAUUGUGGUUUAAGACCAAUCAUCAGAUCAUUGCCGGCAGCGAUGAUUGUAGUGAGGGUGUUGUGUUUACCCCGAAGGAGUUCACUGUGCUGCAUGCCGAUCCUAGGCGUAUCUUUGUGCUCUUCACUGCGGCCAAGAAUAGGUUUCUGUUCUCUUCUCUCCACGCCCCCCACCGUGGAGCAGAGUCACCUAUCCUGACAGCUUGGUGGGCUGAGACCAAGCGACUGCUUGAAAGAUUUGCAUCCAAAGGGGCAGUUUUCCUGCUGGGGGACUUCAACGCCGCUGUCGGGUCCCUCACGUCCAGAUCUGUAGGAGACCUCUGUGCUGACACGCAAGAUGAAUCAGGGGACCACCUUCACGACACCCUGCGUCGUUUGUCCCUCUGGUUGCCAUCGACCUUCCAUGGCAUCCACGAAGGACCCAGCGGCACGUACGUGCAGAAGCGAAACCAAGCUGAAAGCCGAAAUGACUACGUUGCCAUCCCGUCCCACCUCGAGGCAUGCAAUAUCCUGUCUUGGCGCGAGACCCGUAUUCAUGCUGGGCAGCCGGUAAUUGACCACAUUGCGGCCCUUGUCAGAGUCAGCGCAAGGGGGGUGCUUGCGCGGCCAGCAUACUGGCAAGUGCGCCAAAGGCUCAGGUGUGCUGUCCGCUUCCACGAGGUAGCCGCUGCCUUCGCCUCCCUGCGAUGUGGCCACGGAGCCGAUAGAGCUGCCUACCUGGGUAGCCUCGCCGACUCGGUCGGAUCCGGCGGGCACCAAGCACACGAAGACCUGAGCUAUUGCCCAGUUGAGUCCGCCUACCGUCCCAACAUGCCUGGACAUACCGUUGGAGGCAAGGCCUGCGGACCGGAUGGAAUCCCGGCAGAGUUGGGUAGAUCGCAGCCAGUUGAUUGUGGAUCGUACAGAGCAAUUAUGUUGCUCUCGGUGGUGGCCAAGACUUUUCAUCGUGCAUUCCGACCGGCCAUUUACCGAUUUUUCGAAGACAACUCCCUCCCGAUACAGUUAGGAGGCAAGAAAAAUGCGACCGUCUUGUAUGGUUCGCAUAUCAGCCGAGCCUACGGUAAAUGGUGCGCUGUUCAGGGCAUCUCUACCAUCAUCCUCUUUGCCGAUGUUUCGGCGGCGUAUUAUAGUGCCGUGCGUGCGCUUACCGCGCGUGGCAGCGAAGAGGACCAAGGGGGUCAGGCCACGGAUUGGCUACAAGCGUUGACGCAUGACCUGAACCACAGAACGUGGAUGACGCUAAACAGCGACGACGCACCUGUGCUCACGACCCAGGGAUCGCGCCCAGGGUCAUCGUGGGCAGAUUUGUUUUUCGGCAUCACGAUCCCUGGCAUUCUGGCCAUCAGGGACCAGAUGCGCUCUGCUUCGCCCAAGAAGGCACGUGAUGUUGUCAUUCAAUGGGAUGGAUGGAAAGGGUUCUUUGAUCCCCCGCCAGCAGAGUGCCCCCAGCCGGCAACUGCGGCGCUGGACGAUGUAGUGUGGGCUGACGAUCUAGCCUCCUAUUUGGGUGUUGCACAACCCGAGGAAGCGGCAUCCUUGAUUGGCACCGAAGCCUCCUUCCUGAAUGACUCCUUCAGGAGUUACGGUUAUUCCCUCUCCUUCGGAGUGUCUAAGACUGCUGCAGUGGUGCAUUUGAGGGGACCAGGAGCACGGGCCGCCCGGCGACAUCUGUUUUCACUGCAAAAGGGUGUGCCAGCACUUUCGGAAGCUGGUCCCGCGGAGCACCUGCCGCUCGUGCCAGCCUACAAGCACCUGGGUGUCCGUGUCACUGCUAACAACAGUCUUCUGCCAGAAAUCAAGCAGAGAGUCGCUGCAGCGUGGGUUUCCUUCCGGCAAGGGAAAACCAAAGUCUUCCGAUCCAAGCGGCUAGGUUUGGAAAAGAAAGGGGCCAUCCUUGCCUCUCAUGUUUUGUCAAAACUAACCUUCAGCUGUGGGGCCUGGGGGCCUUUGCGACAAGGCGAAAUGACCCUGUUUGCCCGAACCGUUGUAUCGAUGUAUCGGCAAUGUUUGGGACUUGCUUUCGCCGAGGACCAGCAUGUCACAACUGCCACUAUUUGUGCGCUUGUGAGGCAAGCCGAACCCGGCACUCUCCUGUUGGUUGAGCGGCUCCGUUAUGCGAGGCAACUUGUCACCAAUGGUCCGGAUGUGCUAUGGGCCCUCUUGCGCAGUGACGCCGAAUUCCUGAAGGGUAUGCGUGAAGCCUUCGACUGGCUCUUUGCCUGGAUUCGCGCAACAGCCCAAUAUUGCCGGAACCCCGCCAAUAGCUGGGAACCGUGGGUUCGCCUUAUGACAACGAGGCAAGGAAGGUUUCGCGGGCUCGUCAAACGUGCCAAGGCCCUUGAGAUCAUCCGGGUCGCUUCCUACGCCGCCCUGCAGGCGCUUCUUCGAUCUCUUUGCCAAAUCGGAGGAGCAGUGAACGGACCGGGCCGAUCGGAUCCAGAGAGGCCAGAGCGGUACCAGGAAGCAUGUUUGAUUUGUCGCAUCGCCUUCCCCACGAGAGCCUCGUGGGCGGUGCACGCGGCUAAGAAACAUGGUUAUCGUGCACCUGCAACCCUGCUCUCGCAAGAACAGGAGAAGCCUUUGUGUCUUGGAUGUGGCCGGCUGUAUGCCAAUCGUCAUCGGCUACGGCGCCACCUCCUCCAUGCACAGCAAUGCCGAACGAAGUGGGGUAGCUUCCACCCCACAGGAGAGGUGGCCACCGAGCUUCAUGUGCAGCUGCCACCCAUGCAGGUUCAAGGUGAUGAGUGCCCUGAGUUCAGGCCGGACUCUGUGUAUAUUCAUCCGGGCUUAGUCGAGGCGCUUUUAGCUUUGUCCCCACCCGAUGCUGAUGGGGUCUGGCGCACGUUGUUGGACUUUGCCGAACCCCUGGAUGUGCUGCAGUGGUCGCUCAGGGACUGGGCUGCACGACCUGAUGCACCGCAAAACGCAGGAAGCAUAGCCGAAGACGCCUGUUUGCUGCUUGACCCUGAGUUGUGGUGUGAGGACUUUCGCAAAGGUAAGAGAGGGCCGCUGGGGUUCCUGGCCUGUGCAGACUUACACCGCCCGGAGAGUUGCAGGCUCAAUUUUGUGUUGUCUGGUGUGACUGCUGUGUUCAAGGUUGAUGACCCUCCACUUCCGGAGUUUGUGUAUCCCUUUCGGCACAGCGUACCCCUUGCUACAGCUCGCCGUCAUUUGGACUGGCUUGAGCAGGCUUGUGACACCGUCAACGCCUUUCUUUCCUCGUCCCAGCAUUCACCGGUCUUCCUCGAGGCUUCUUCGAAGACCCUCUCCUGUUUGGAACCGGUAAUGGGCUGGGCUGUGGAGGCUGGAUUUGCCCCUAGGCCAGGCGGUCUCGGCUCUCCCUUGUAA